AUGCCUCACCCGUUCAGCCCCGAGGACUUCCCCAUCGACGAGGACCGCGAGUUCAACCCGACCAAGACCUUUUACCUGAAGGGCACGAUACACUUCAAGAACGAUGCCUCGAUCUUGGACCUGACGGGCAAGAUCCGCCGGCACUUCGACGACUUCUCCAACCCCUUCAUGCAGAGCGUGGAAAAGGUGGUCGACAAGAUGAAGGACGAGCAGCCCAAGUACUCGUUUGCGAGCAGCGGCAACAUGAUGCGCACCCUCAAGACCAUGAAGAACAGCAAGGGCGACAAGGUCUGCGACCUCAACAUGACCUUUGUCUCGUUCGACAACUCGAGCGUGCGCUUCCCGUCCGGCAGCGAGCACUGCCGGCACGAGAUCGAGCUGGCGCCCGUCGGCGACGGCAAGACCGAGAAGCACGAGUGCUUCAUCCGCCACAGCAUCCCGUACUUCUGGGACAUGACCAACGGCCAGUACGGAACCCUGUACAAGUGCAUCAACCAGAAGCAGGUCGAGAUCGGCAUGGUGACUGGGUUCGGCUUCAAGAAGGAUGCGGUAAUGGUGCUCGACGGCGACGAGUUGGACGAGGUUGUGGCUCUGUCGACAUGUGUCAUGCUCCUCAACGGCCGGGACGCCAUUGAUUACUAA